AUGCGGGGUGGUGAAAAAGGAGCGGCGGUAGUGGAGCAGGAGCAUGUGCUUUACACGGGCGCCGUGUUGGUUCCCUUCUGCGUCGGGAGUGUCGCGUUGCCGCUUUCACUGUGUCGUGCUUCCACAUUAUCGCCGUUAUCUACCACACUGCCGUCGGUCCCCCGUAGGAAGGCAAAUCCCCAGCGACGCGCGACGAAGAAGGGUCAGAAGGGAACAUCACAUAACGAAGGCAACAAUGAUGAUCCACAUGACUACAACGCUGGGAUUAGUCGCUGUACGCACCUACGCUACAGUUACCUUCGGGAUGGGUCCUCUGCAGCACAGGACCUGGCCUAUCGUCGUGAGUUGCAUACUUUGGGUGAGGUGGCAUCGCUGUCAGCCUCGGCAAAGGAAAAGGCGGAGGCGGCUGCAACAGCCUCUCAACUAUAUGCUCUAGUUGAUCGUGUGGUGUUUAAGCUUCCAAAUAGUUUUCCUGAGCCACGCCGCGAGCUAACACAUCCACCGUUCUUCAUCAUGGACGAUACAUGGGCGGAACACCUAGUGGAGAUAGAGGUUCACUGUCGCCCGUGGCUCGGUAUAGCACCUUUUACGUUGUCACACAUGGUGCUUCUGCAGAAACGAGCCGAUUUUCCGCCCCAGUUGCUAAGCUCAACGUUUGGGCAGACCAAACCACCGCCGACUGUUAUCUUGGCACCUUCCGAUCCAGUACUGUUGCCGUCAUCCUACACAGCAGCGGCCAUAACGAGACCUCGUUCAAAGAGGCGUGUGGAGGAACCCGAUGGAACUCACUCCACAGUUGUUGUAGAGCGCAACGCAGACAUGGAUGAAGUUUGCACGGAGGAGCGGGGAAUUUGCGUGAACGUUGAUGAUAUUGAAGAAUUUUCCAUUGUUGCAGAGCGGCGAGAUGCGAUACGCAUCUUUCAUCCCACGUUAAAUGUGGCACGGUAUCUGGCCGCCGUGCGGAACUUACCGCAGCCAGAGUUAGAGCCCCCGCCGUCGUUUUGUGUGCUUCCAGGACAAAAAAGUGUUCCAUUUCACAUGCAGCCAGAUGAGGAUAAUGCACCCGAAGACAAUUCUAGCUGUGAUGUUGCGAAGCGGGGUAGGUCUAUUGCCACUGAGGGUGAACAUUCUUUAAGAGCUCGGGAUGUGGAGUCGCUCCCUCCUUGGUGUUUUCCUUUUGAGGCCAUUAUGCAUGCACAUGAGCCAAAAAGAAGAGACGGCGCCAUUGACGCGAUGCGGUCCGUGUUGGCGGCACUGCAGAAGGAGCAGGCCGAGUUACGUGAGGGCAUUGAACAAAAGAUUAGCUCAGCAGUGACCAACGCAGAUGAGCUUCGGAGUGUCAUUCAGAGAAUGCGAGAGACGUGUGCAUUGCUGGAAAAACCUGUAGGGCAGUAA